AUGGGAGACAAACAUUGGACCUCCAUCAUCCCUGAUUCGACCUUUAUGCCUUUGUCUUUUCCAAAGGAUGGUGAUAUUGAUGUAUCAAAUGCCACUUGCUCUGACUGGAUUGAUAUCGAUCAAGCCUCGCACUUUGGGAUAUUUUCAAGUUCUUUAAUGACAGGUGGGGAUGGGAUCAAUGUGAAUGCUAGUGAUAGAGCAGACUAUUCUGGAAAAUCAUGGUCACUGGAAUUUAAUUUCUUUUGCCUCUUUCGCAAGCAUUUGGUUCCAAUAAUUGAACAAGCAGAAUACAUGGACAUAAGCUCGCCAUUCCCUAAGAAAUCUGCCAAUAUCGGUGACAAUGUGGAUGGGAUCAGCAAGUUGCCAGUUGAAGUUAUUUCUCACACAAUCUCAUUUCUUACAACAAAACACGCAGUCUCCACCAGCAUUCUAUCCAAAAGAUGGGAGUACAUUUGGACACUAACCCCAAAUCUGGAUUUUUCUGAUCAAUUUUCUUAUAAUAUUGCAAGAGACAAUAGUAAUAAUGCGACAGUUUUCAGGUCCUUCAAGGAUUAUGUGGAUCAGACCCUCGGUAUUGCUCAUGUUGUAUCUGUUGAUGAUGCUUCAAUGCACAGGCUCUUUUCUAGCUGCCCUGUCCUUGAGCUUCUAGUACCGUCUGGCGAUGCUAUGUCGUCUGUCAAUUCUGUUGUUUGUGAUUCUACUCUGCCCACAUUCCAUUACCUUACCAAACUAGUGCUAUAUGUUGGUGAGUUUAUAAACUGGGAAUCCCUGCCAGACUUGCUUGAGAGCUCUCCUAAUCCUGAAAUUCUCGUAUUUCCAGCUAAGUGUUUGCUCUCAAGUCUGAAGACAAUUGAAAUUAAUAACUUCGUGGGAAUGUCUGGCGAGAAAUAUAUUGUAGAAUAUUUGCUAGAGUCUGCCGAAGUUUUGGAGGAGAUGAUAAUCCGAGGUUGCAAAUUUUUUGGAAGGCCAAGAAUGCAGAAGAAGCUAGAGGCUCUUAGGAAUGAGAUAUUAGACUUCCCAAGAGGUUCUAUUGCCUCAUUUUCUGGGAAUAAUUUUCUGGAGCAGUCUCUUGGUCCCUUGGGACAAUCCUUGAAAUGUGUUGGUACAGUGUAA